AUGGUGAUUGGGGGGAGGAUUGGCGGCAUUCUCUCACAAGGCCAUCCCCCAGAAGGUCAUCUCCUUUUGUCCACCCCUGAAUCACGCUCCGAGAUUCAGAGCUUUGCGGAAAGAGCAUACAACGACUACAAUUAUGGUGCCCCGCGACUAGAUCAGCUCAACAUCUUGAUACGGCUUAAUGUACUGAAUGCUAUUAUGCGCAACGCAGCCCUAGUCGGCUUCGCAUUCGAAGGACUUUGUUGUCCGGAUCUUUUAUCGCCUUUCACCGAGCACCGCCCCGACCUUCCCGUCGCAGACCCUCGGUCGCCGCAUUACCCUAUCUGGCUUCGUCCUACAGUGUUGCAGAUAUCAGUGAGGCACCAUCCCUGGAUCGACUUGAUUCCCUUCCCCCGCAUGCGCGAUAAUAUCCUGCGUGAGGUGGAGGCUGGCCUCCUCGACCAAAAGGCGUUAGGUAUUGACGUCCUGGACGUGCAAGACAAUGAUUGUAACCCUGCUCCUCUUAUCGUCUGGGGCGAUGCUUGGGACCCUCAAUCGUGGGAGGCAAGCACCUCAUUCUUACAGAAAUGGGGUGGGCUGGCACGAAAUUGUCCAGAACUAUUGGAGGCGACAAAUUCCUGGCGUCAAAAAAGAGGCGAGACAAAGAUUGCGUUUUAG